CUGAACUCCUUGAUAUCAGCUCCCCUUUACCUCCCCCUCCCCCGUUCUACCUCCCAGGGACCGUUAUUACCGGUAUUAUUUCUGCUGUAUCUUACACCUUCCAGUGCAUCCAUUCACAGACAAUUCUCAGGUGGGGUUAUUCAGUCAUCAGUGCUGACAGCCCCCCGUUCCCCCCUCCUCCUCAUUCACUGUCCAGCUUUCAUCUGCAUAGGGGGUUUGGGUCAGGGGCACCUGAGUCCUCAAAGUGGGCUUAGAGAACCCUUAACGCAUUAGAUAAAGAAACAGGAUUUGAUCACAGAUUGGACUUGGAAGCUGAGGCAAAAGAAGGGGCCUGAGAUGACACUGAUCUCUAAAUGGAGGACAUUUGGUAUAGGAUUUACAGAAAGUUUUUGGGGGAAGAAAAUAAGUAGUUGUUUUAGGAAAAGUUUAAAGCAGCGACUGUGAGAGAAUGCCAUCCGUGGGAUGUUCGCAGAGCUUUGGCUGCUAGCUCUGGAACUCUAAAGCUAUCUGGGACCUAGACAGAUUAGGAACAGCACACCAGACGUGUGGUAGCUGAAGCCUUCGGAUGGAUGCGCUCCAGAAGGGAGGAUUUGAAGUUAUGAGAAGAGAGGACCUGUGGAAGUGCCUUAGGGGCAGGGUUAAGGGAUGGGUGGUGGAAGAUAGGCCUCCAAUGAAAACGGGAUUGGCAGGGGCAAAGGAGGAGAACUAGGGAAUUGAGAGCCAUGGGAGUCAAGCUAGAAUGUAUUUCAAAGUUCCUUAGAACAUGCUUCCAGUGUCUUGAAAUGCGCUCACACACCCUGACACAAGUUCUGUAUCUCAUGCUGGACUAGAAACAAUAGGAAGAUAAAAUCCAGGUCUCUUGGCCUGUUUUGUGUGUUUUGUGUCUUAAUCCUAGUACUCUGCACGCUGCUACUGCCUGGCAUACAGUACAUGCUCAAUACACCUAUGCACGGGUGGUCUUGAUCUCUAGGGGGUGAGAAUCUCACCAGCUGGUGGACGAUGCCUCCAGGAAUAUGUUCCAAACUGCACUUGGUUCUCCAGCUUUGUUACCAAUGGUGAGUAGGAGGUGGAUUGUGAUGUGUGUAGAAUGUCGGUCCUUGGGGAAUUCCGUGACCAGGAGUAAGAAUUAACAACAGCCAGUGGAAACAAGAAGAACACCUCCCAUUCUUCCCUCUCAAAGUUCCUAUUGGAGAGCUGAGCCAGCAUUCCAGUCUUGGGUGGUGCUUUACAGGCCAGCAUUCAAAGAUUUGCUUCAUUUCGGGUGCCCUAUCCCUGUGGCUUAAAGUGACAGGAGGCUCUCAGGUGACAAAACUUUUAGCAAAUCCAACAUCAUGGGGAAGGGAGACACCUUGGAAGGGCCACCUCCUGCCUCAGCCUACCGCUCCGUCAUGGAGGAGUAUGGUUAUGAGGUGGGCAAGGUCAUCGGCAAUGGCUCCUAUGGGACAGUGUAUGAGGCUUACUACACAAAGCAAAAGGUCAUGGUGGCGGUCAAAAUCAUCUCAAAGAAGAAGGCCUCUGAAGACUACCUUAACAAGUUUCUACCUCGGGAGAUACAGGUCAUGAAGGUCCUGCGGCACAAGAAUCUCAUCAACUUCUACCAGGCCAUUGAGACCACAUCCCGAGUGUACAUCAUCCUGGAGCUGGCUCAGGGUGGUGACGUCCUUGAGUGGAUCCAGCGCUACGGGGCCUGCUCUGAACCCCUUGCUGGCAAAUGGUUCUCCCAGCUGAGCCUGGGCAUCGCCUACCUGCACAGCAAGGGUAUUGUGCACCGCCUGACGCCCAGCCUUUCUGCUGCUGGUAGGGACUUAAAGUUGGAGAACCUGCUGCUGGACAAGCGGGAGAAUGUGAAGAUCUCAGACUUUGGCUUCUCCAAGAUGGUGACUCCCAACCAGCUUGCUGUGCGUAGUAGCUCUUCUUUCCGCCAAAUGAGCUGCUUUGCCCACCUCAGCCAGACCUACUGUGGCAGCUUUGCUUAUGCCUGCCCAGAGAUCUUGCUAGGCUUGCCCUACAGUCCUUUCCUGUCUGACACCUGGAGCAUGGGGGUAAUCCUCUACACCCUAGUGGUCGCCCGCCUGCCCUUUGAUGACACCAAUCUCAAGAAGCUGCUGAAAGAGACUCAGAAGGAGGUCACUUUCCCACCGAACCACAGCAUCUCCCAGGACUGCAAGAACCUGAUCCUCCAGAUGCUACGCCAAGCUACCAAGCGUGCCACCAUCCUGGAGAUCAUCAAGGACCCCUGGGUAAUCAAGUUCCAGCCUGAGCUACCCACCCAUGAGAUCAAGUUGCUUGAGGCCAUGUGCCAGCCUCCCAGUAACAGUAAUCGCCACUCAUCUUUGGAAGCCAAGGCCAGAACGGCUGAGGGAGGGGGAUGAGAGAGGAGCAGCAGGAGGAGGGCUUAGGGCUAAAAUUUUUUAUAAGAAAAAUAAAUCUACUUCUGAUUUA